UGUGUGUGUGUGUGUGUGUGUGUGUGAUUGAGUGUGGCAGGACGUGUUAGAGAUAUGACAUUUUCAUUUGACUUGUUUAUUUAUUCAAUUAUUCUCUAUUUGGCUUGCUGUCUAACAUGCUCUACUCUCCCUCUGCUCUGCUUAACUCUGGCAUGCAAUACUCACCACUGACAGAAGCAGCUCCACCUGUUACCAAUGGAGAGCCACCUGUUACAGAUGGCACAAAACCUGUCACGAAGGAGCAAAGUGAGGGCACAGAUGAGCUACCUGACGAUGACGUGGUGGCCCCAGGGGAGGAGCGUCAGAUGUCGGAGAUCACAGGCCUCUUUGUGCAGAGGCCAGAGAGCGCAGUGGCAAUUAAAGGGAAGGACGUGACCUUCGUGGCCAAAGUGGACUCGUCCAGCAUGCUGCGGAAGCCCAACAUCAAGUGGAUGAAGGGGAAGUGGAUGGACCUAGGCAGCAAGGCCGGCAAGCACAUACAGUUUAAGGAGGCCUACGACCGCAGCUCCAAGCUGUACACGUACGAGAUGAGCCUCAUCAAGGUGGUGGAGUCAGACGCGGGGGGCUACAGAUGUGAGGUGACCUCCAAAGACAAAUGUGACAGCUGCACGUUUGAAAUCACAGUGGAAGCUCUCUCAGAUGAAGAGCAAAAGCAAGCCAACAUCUUGGAGGCGUUUAAAAGGACGAAGGCCAAGAAGGAAGGCCCUAAACCCAAACCUGAGGGGGGAGAGGCAGGAGAGGACGAAGGUGACCUGGACUUCAGCGGGCUGCUAAAGAAAAGAGAAGUAAAGGUGGAGGUGAAGGAGGAGGUGGAUGUGUGGGCGAUCCUGUCGGCAGCUAACCCCUGCGACUAUGAGAAGAUCGCCUUCGAGUACGGCAUCACUGACCUCCGGGGCAUGCUCAAGAGGCUCAAGAAGAUGAGGAAGUUCGAGCCCAAGAAGAGUGAUGCGUUCCUGAAGAAGCUAGAGGACCUGUACUCAGUGGACAAGGGCAAGAGGAUCCAGCUGAUGGUGGAGGUGGCCGACCCCAACGCCCAAGUCAAAUGGCUGAAGAACGGACAGGAGAUCAAGCCCUCAGCCAAGUACGUUUUUGAGAGCAUUGGAGGCAUACGGAAGCUGACCAUCAACAAAUGCAACCUCUCCGACGACGCAGCCUACGAAUGUGUGGUGGGAGAGGAAAAAUGCUCCACAGAGAUCUUCGUUAAGGAGCCACCGGUCACUAUCACCAAACCCCUGGACGACAUGCACGUGGUGGUGGGGGACAAGGUGGAGUUUGAGAUCGAGGUCUCUGAGGAGGGAGCCAAUGUCAUAUGGAUGAAGGAUGGGAUCGAGAUAACCCGUGACCUGACCAGGUACCGCAUGAAGAAGGAUGGCAAGAAGCACACGCUCGUAAUAAGCGAGGCCGAGAAGGACGACAUCGGCCUCUUCUCCGUCUUCACCAACGGCGGCCACUCCGAGUCCGACCUGGAGGUGGAAGACAAGGAGCUGGAGGUGCUGCAGAGCAUCGCCGACCUGACGGUGAAGGCUGCCGAGGUGGCCGUCUUCAAGUGCGAGGUGUCGGACGACAAGGUGACCGGCAAGUGGUUCAAAGACGGCGUGGAGGUGCAGGCCAACAACCGUUUCAAGAUGACGCACGCGGGAAGGAUUCACAAGCUGACAAUCAACGACGUGAAGCCAGAGGACGCAGGAGAUUACACCUUUGUGCCGGAUGGCUAUGCUCUCUCCCUCUCCGCCAAACUCAACUUCUUGGAAAUCAAGAUCGAUUAUGUUCCUCGCCAAGAGCCGCCCAAAAUCCACUUGGACACGACCGGCAAGCAUGUCAACAAGCAGACCAUCGUUGUUGUCGCUAACAACAAGCUCCGCCUUGACGUGGAGAUCUCUGGAGACCCGGCGCCUACGGUGUGCUGGAAGAAGGGAGCGGAGGAGAUCACGGCGGCGGAGGGCCGCGUGCGCGUGGAGACCAGGAAGACCCUGAGCAGCUUCGUCAUUGAGGGGGCGGAGAGGUCAGACGAGGGGGUGUACAACAUCACCGUCACCAACCCGGCCGGAGAGGACAACGCCGAGCUCACUGUUAAGAUCGUCGAUGUUCCCGAUCCCCCUGAGCAUGUCAAGUGCAUCGGUGUUGGGGAAGACACAGCGACCAUCACUUGGGAGGUCCCCAAAUUUGAUGGCGGAGUGCCCAUUAAAGGUUACCUGAUGGAGAGGAAGAAGAAGGGCUCUCAGAGGUGGACCAAAUUGAACUUUGACAUCCACGAGGCUACCACGUACGAGGCCAAGAAGAUGAUUGAGGGCACUUGCUACGAGAUGAGAGUUUUUGCCGUCAAUGGCAUUGGUGUCUCGCAGCCUAGCGCUACCUCCAAGCCUUUCAUGCCGAUUGCACCAACCAGUGAGCCCACUCAUCUGACCGUGGAUGAUGUGACUGACUCCACCUGCACCCUGAAGUGGAGGCAACCAGUGAGGCUGGGAGCCGGAGGCAUCGACGGCUACAUCAUCGAGUGGUGCAAAGAAGGAGACACUGAGUGGCAUCAGGCCAAUGACACGCCAGUGGAGAAGAGCAGCUACAAAGUCCGGAACCUUCCUACGGGUGAGAAGCUGCUGUUCCGGGUGUUUGCGGUGAACAUCGCCGGACGCAGUCCCCCAGCUGUGAUGAAGCAGGCCGUGACCAUUCGGGAGAUCAUGGAGCACCCCAAGAUCCGGCUCCCCCGGCAGCUCCGCACCAAGUUCGUCCGGAGGGUGGGCGAGAGCGUCAACCUUGUCAUUCCCUUCCAGGGCAAACCCCGGCCAAAUGUGACUUGGACUAAAGAUGGCGAGCCCCUGGACCCCAAGGUGGUCCACGUGCGUACGAGCGAGGCGGACACCAUCCUCUUCAUCCGCUCCACCGAGAGGAAGGACUCUGGGAAGUACACCCUGAGCGUGCAGAUAGAGAACAUGGAGGACAAGGCCAGCAUGGACAUCCAGAUCGUGGACAAGCCGGGUCCUCCCACGGCCGUGAUGGUGACUGAUGUGUGGGGCUUCAACGCGGCUCUGGAGUGGCAGCCGCCUAAAGACACGGGCAACUGUGACAUCCUGGGAUACACCAUCCAGAAGGCUGACCUCAAGACCAAGGAGUGGUUUACAGUCUACGAGCACAACCGCAGGCCCAACUGCACGGUGUCCGACCUGGUGAUGGGGAAUGAGUACUCCUUCCGCAUCUUCAGCGAGAACCUGGUCGGCCUCAGCGACGACGCUGCCGUCAGCAAGAACACCGCGGUCAUCUCCAAAGAAGGGUUGACACAAAAAAAUCCAACCUACAAGGAAAUGGACAUGACUCAUUCUCCCAAGUUCACCCAGCCCCUGGUGGACAGGUGUGUCGUUGCAGGCUACAGCGCCGCCAUCAGUUGUUCUGUGCGAGGCUUCCCUAAGCCAAAGAUCGUGUGGAUGAAGAACAAGAUGAUCAUUGGCGGCGACCCGAAGUUCAUCAUGCAGAACAACCAGGGUGUCCUGACGCUGAACAUCCGUAAGCCCAGCCUGUUCGACGGGGGCAAGUACACCUGCAAGGCCAUCAACGACCUGGGAGAGGACGAGGUGGAGUGCAGGCUGGAAGUGCGAGUGGCCACGGAGAAAGACGGAGAGGACAAGAGGAAGUAAAAGAAGAGGGAAAAGGAAGAAAAGAAGACACUCUUCACCCAAAAGAAAGAAAAAAAACAUGGCUUGUAGAUUUAGAACCAAUGUCAGUCUGUAAAAUGUUACCUUUCUCUUAUUCUGUUUAAUAGUAUUAGAAUAACUUAACUUAAAAAGAGUUAGCUGAAAGCUGAUCAUGGUCAAAGCAACUAUUGAAAUGCUGAAAAAAAGCACCAUACAUGUUCCAUACAGUACAUGUUCAUCUCCAUAUAUAGGCCUAUACGAAAACUUAUGAAUGUUGCAUUUAACUCAUUACCAUUACUUACAGAUCAUGAUAAUGUAUUAUGAAUAAAAACCAUUAUUCAUG